AUGGCAGAUAGUCGUCUAUUACCGGUGCCCAAACCUGUAGAACUGACAGGAGAUGUAUCAGAAAAUUGGGAAAUUUUCAAAGAUGAAUGGGCCAGCUAUGAGAUUGCUACAGAGAAGAACAAGAAACCAAAGGAAAUCCGAGUAGCAACACUGAAGACCGUAAUUGGUAGAGAUUGCCUGGACAUUCUAAGGAACUUAGAUAUUCCAGCAGACCCUGGUCAGCCAGAUGCAGACCCCAGGCAAGACCCAGAUAAGAUUAUAGACGCCUUAGAUAAGCACUUCAAGCCUCUGAAGAACACUGUAUACGAGAGAUACAAGUUCAAUACCUGUGAACAAGCACCAGGAGAAAGUAUUGAAGUGUACGUGGCUCGCUUGAGGAAACUAGUGUCUACAUGUGAGUAUGGCGCUCUGAAAGAGGAGAUGCUGCGCGAUAGAAUCGUGCUCGGAAUCUGCGAUAACAAGGUGAGAAUGCGACUGUUAAAGCAGAAAAACCUCACAUUGCAAGCAGCACUAGAAGAGUGCAAGACAAGUGAGACAACAAACAAACAGAUCAAGGCAAUGCAGACUGCAGAGACAGUGCAUUAUGCCAAGACAAAGCCAAAUCCAAGUCAAGGCAAAGCAAAGACAAAGUUCCAGCAGCCACACAGAAGGAUGCAACCACAAGUUAACAACUGCGGUUACUGUGGAAGAGCCCAUGCUAGAGACAAGGGUAAAUGCCCAGCAUUUGGAAAGAAAUGCGCGAAGUGCGAUAGGCCCAACCACUUCGCCCGGGUUUGCAAAGCAUCCAGCAAGAAGAUAAACAUGGUACAAGACAACGUGGCAGAAGAUGACGAAGAAGUGUACACUGUAGGCUCUGUGUCAAGCAAUAACAAGAAAUGGUACAUAGACCUGAAGAUGAGUGAUGGAAAAUCUCUAAGAUGUCAGAUUGACACAGGAGCUACAUGCAAUGUGAUUAGCGAAGAUGACUUCCGGAAGUUCGGGCACAAGAUGAAACCAAGUAAAGCCAGAUUGAAGCUAUAUGAUGGUUCUAUCCUUAAGCCAGUAGGGCAAGGCAUCUUGAAGACGAGACAUCAAGACAGUAUCAUAGAUCUGGAAUUCCAGAUUGUCAAGACACGUCAGAAUCCUCUACUGUCAGCUGAAACAUGUACCAAAUUAGGACUGAUCACCCUAAACACGGUCAACCAAGUCAACAACAGCAAGACAGAACAGAUAGUUGAGGAGUACGCAGACGUCUUUGAAGGAUUGGGAUGCCUCCCAGGAGAAUAUCACAUUGAGAUUGACAAAGAAGCAAAACCAGUACAGCAUCUACCACGACGGGUACCUGUUCCUUUGAAAGCGGAACUGAAGAAGAAAAUCGACGAACUAGAGAAGAAACAAGUGAUUGCCAGAGUCACGAAACCGACGGAGUGGAUCUCAAGUAUGGUUGUCGUAAAGAAACCAGGCAAGAUGAGAAUAUGCCUAGACCCCAAGGAUCUAAACAUGGCACUACACCGACCGAAGUACCAGAUCCCCACCCUUGAUGAAGUCCUACCAAGGCUUGCCAAGGCCAAAGUGUUCUCAGUGCUAGAUGCCAAAGACGGAUUUUGGCAGGUCAAGUUAGAUGAGGAGAGCAGCUAUCUAACCACAUUUUGGACGCCGUUCGGCCGAUUCCGGUGGUGUCGCAUGCCCUUUGGGAUUUCCACCGCUCCUGAAGAGUAUCAAAGAAGACAGCACGAGGUACUGGAAGGUCUACAGGGAGUUGACGUCAUCGCUGAUGACAUACUGGUCUUCGGAUGUGGUGAAACUGAAGAAGAAGCUGACAGAGACCACGAUGAAAAUCUGCGUAACCUGCUCAAACGCGCACGAGAGAAGAAUCUGAAACUAAACAAGCGAAAAUUGAGGCUCAAGUUAAAGCAAGUGCCAUACAUGGGACAGCUACUAACGGCAGAUGGCCUGAAACCAGACCCAGAAAAGGUCAAGGCUAUCACAGAGAUGAAGACGCCAGAUGAUCUCCGAUCUCUACAGAGGUUCCUCGGAAUGGUCAAUUACCUCGCUAAGUUCUUGCCACACCUGUCUGAUGUGUGCGAACCACUGAGACGGCUAACAGACAAAGACGCAGUCUGGGUAUGGCUUGAAACACAUGACCAAGCAGUGAAAGAGGUCAAGAAGCUGGUGACAGCACAGCCAGUACUACAAUACUACGACGUAGAGAAAGAGGUGACCAUACAGGGAGAUGCAAGCGACAAGGGACUUGGAGCGGCGCUCCUGCAGGAAGGACGCCCGAAGUUCAACCAGUACAUCCACGGCCGAGAAGUGGUAACUGUACAAUCAGAUCACAAGCCUUUGGAAGUGAUUUUUAAGAAGCCUCUCCUCGACGCACCGAAGAGGCUACAAAGAAUGAUGCUCCGUCUGCAGAAAUACCACCUAAAGGUGACGUACCGUAAAGGUUCAGAAAUGUAUAUCGCAGACACUCUCUCAAGAGCCUACCUGACGAGGACCAUGAACGAGACUAGGCGAGACGAGUACGAGAUACUCAAGAUCCAGGAAGCAAAGAAAGAGGAUCAAGAAAUCGAACAAGUAACACCCGCUGAGUACAUCCAAGUGUCCGAUAUGACGAUAGACAGGGUACGUCGACACACUCAGCAAGAUGAAGUCAUGAGAGAAUUGAUGAAGACAAUAAAGAAAGGAUGGCCAGAAAACAAGACGCAGCUUAAGAAAGAAGUCCGUGACUAUUGGACAUUCAGGGACGAAGUCAGCAUGCACGAUGGCAUUGUAUACAAGGGACAAGCGAUAGUCGUCCCAGCAGAGCUGCGAGAAGAGAUGAUACAGAAGACACAUGCCAGCCACCAAGGAGCAGAAGCAUGUAUCAGACGAGCCAGAGAAACCAUAUUCUGGCCUGGGAUGAGUGCACAACUGCGAGAAAGAAUCGGACGAUGUGACAUCUGCAAAACCUAUCAGCCGAAGCAGCAGAGGGAACCGCUCAUGCCACAUCCAACUCCAACAACGCCAUGGAGCAGAGUGUCGAUGGAUCUGAUGACAUUGGAAAACCGACACUAUCUGAUCACAGUAGAUAACUACUCCGACUACUGGGAGAUAGACGAGCUUCACCAGAAUACCACAGCCAAGAAUGUGAUACACAAGACCAAGCAGAACUUCAGCAGACAUGGAAUACCCAUGGAAGUUGUCACCGACAACGGACCCCAGUUUGCAUCAGAGGAGUUCAAGCAAUUCGCAAAGACGUGGAACUUUCGACAUGUGACAACAUCACCGUAUCACAGUCAAGCCAACGGCAAAGCAGAAUCGGCAGUAAAGAUUGCCAAGAACCUGCUUAAGAAAGCAGCAGCAGAUGGACAGGACCCCUGGGUCUCCAUCUUGGCAUGGAGGAACACUCCAACACAAGGACAAGGCAGCAGUCCUACGCAACGACUAAUGUCAAGAAGGACGCGAACGCAAGUGCCAAUCAACACACAAGCACUAGAGCCAAAGGUAGUACCGAACGUCCACAAUAACAUCAACAAGAGAAAGGCCAGAGCGAAGAGGUAUUACGACAAAGGCACGAGAAGUCUUCCACCAAUACAACCAGGACAACAAGUGCGUGUAGAGUUAACACCACAGAAAGCAGCACAGUGGAAAUAUGGCACGUGUGUGCAACGUGUAGCACCAAAGUCGUACGAAGUAGAAGUCGACGGAGCCAAGUACAGGAGAAACCGAAAGCACAUACGCGACACAACAGAAGAACAGAAACCAUCAACAGAUGUAGAUGAGACAACAACAGCUCCAGCAACUGCAACACCAGAGUCGACAGCAGAAACAACGACAACUACGACUGAACCAACGCCGUAUGUCACACGGUCAGGCCGAACUGUAAAAGCGCCAGACCGUAUGGACUUGUAA